CCUUGGUCUUUUUACCAACUUAAUAUUGGAAUCUUGCUUCUUUUUUAGGUUGAAUAGAGCAGGUUCAAGCUUUGUUUAAUUGCUUCUAUCUGCAACUCUUUUUUUUCUUUUGGAGCAAAUAGUUAUGAACUGCAAGUUAACUGAGGUACAUGUGUUCAAGUGUCGAUGCAUUUUGGUUAAUUGUUAGAUUGCAUUGAAGUUACCAUUUCCAAGUUUUGAUUUCCUAGUUUAUUAUUGGUCCUACUAAAUGAUUUGGCUGUUAACAUUGUUAGAUCAGUAGCCUAACUAGGAAAAUGAGGAACAUCAAAACAUAUACUUCUCUUAUUGUUUAGAUAUGUAUUUCUACAUUCUUUUAACAGUUUUAACCUCCACCUCCCUGAAUGCAAAAUAUGGAAAAAAAAGAGAUCAUUCUGCAUCUUAAGACAAAAGCCGUCUUACAUCUGGAUCAUGCUAUCAGCUUAGCACUGUAGCUUGUGAUUCCAAAUAUCACAUCUUAAAAAUGAGUUUCGACCCAAGCUUUUAUUGUUUCUGGAGGAAAUUGAUUAAUUGAUUUGUUGCUUGAGUUCUCUAAGUUGUCUUCUUUGAAACUAAUGGAUCACAGCAUAGUAGAGACACAAAUCUAUGAGAGAAGCAUGUUGAAACUUGGUUAUAUUGAUCAGGUCUUUUCCCUAUUGUACCUAUCUAUUUGGUCACCUCUAUCUAAACAUUGAAAUGAGAUGCAAUGCAUGCUGGCGAGAAUUGGAAGGACAGGCAGUUUCCACCACUUGUGGCCACCUUCUUUGUCCCGAGGAUGCCAGUAAGAUUCUCAGCAACGAUGCUGCUUGCCCUAUCUGUGAUCAGGUGCUCUCUAAAAGCCUCAUGAAAUCGGUGGAUAUCAAUCCAAGUGAUGAAUGGACAAAUAUGGUCAUGGCUGGGAUAUCACCACAAAUAUUGAUGAAGAGUGCAUACAGAAGUGUGAUGUUCUACAUCGGGCAAAAGGAGUUGGAGAUGCAAUUUAAAAUGAAUAGAAUAGUAGCUCAGUGCCGGCAGAAAUGUGAGGUGAUGCAAGAAAAGUUCACUGAAAAACUGGAGCAAGUACAUACAGCAUACCAGAAAAUGGCUAAGAGGUGCCAGAUGAUGGAGCAAGAGAUUGAGAGCUUAUCUAAGGAUAAGCAAGAGCUCCAGGAAAAAUUUGCAGAAAAGUCUAGACAGAAAAGAAAGCUGGAUGAGAUGUAUGACCAAUUGAGAAGUGAGUAUGAGUCAACGAAACGAUCCGCUAUUCAACCUGCACCCAACUUCUAUCCAAGGGCAGAGCAUGAUUUGUUCUCAAAUCCUGCCAAUGUGAUGGAUAACAGAGACCCUAUCAGAAAAGAUUGGUCGGUUCUCACUCCUGAAACUCCAGGACCAAGAGAGGAUAUAUGGCCACCUGCAAGGCAGAACAGUUCAAACUCUGGCCCCUUUGACAUCUCAAGUGGUUCACCUGCGCGACAAUCUGGAAUCCCUGUUGAUGCUGGUAACAAAAGGGCUGGUGUUCGUCCUGUUUUUGGUGCUGGUGGAGGAGCUGGUGCUAGCAACCCGUCAAUGACUUUGAGGAAUCUCAUCCUUUCACCAAUAAAGAGGCCUCAGCUCUCUCGAAACCGCCCUCAAUUGUUCACGUUGUAGAUUGGUGGCCUUCUUGUUGUUGACUCUUUGAUUGACAAUUUCAAGAGAAAAGGGAAAAGUAGGGCUCAUAUUGCAGAUGAGAUUUUUUUAUUAUCUUUGACACGAAGGAAAUUGCACAGAGUAUACUUGUUGAUAAAGCAACUGCUCCAACUAGAGGGGAAAUAACAAAUAAGCUGCUCUAUCAGCUAAAUGAUCAUUGUAAAUUUGUAAUACAAACCAUGGACAGGUCAUAAUGGAGUUCUAGACUACAACUUUGUGCUUCAGAUGUGUUAUGUAUGUCUACUAGUCUACCUGUAUCUCAUUGCAAUUCUUUGCCUUGAAAGUCCGUUAAGACGGAAAUUCCGCUACUUGGAUAGAAGGUGAUAAGAGUAUUAUAGGUAAGCUACCAUAAAUCUUUACAGC